GCAACCGUGCCGGGGAUGGCUCUCCAUCAGCUGUAUUACGACCCGAACAUCGAGAACAAGAACUUGGCUCAGAAAUGGCUGAUGCAGGCGCAGGUUUCCCCCCAGGCGUGGCACUUCAGCUGGCUGCUUCUCAACAUGGACAAGGUGCCCGAGAUCCAGUACUUUGGUGCCAGUGCUCUCCACAUUAAAAUCUCCCGUUACUGGAACGACAUCCCCGCCGACCAGUACGAGAGCCUCAAGUCACAGCUCUUCACCCACAUCACCCGCUUCGCCAGCGGCUCCAAGAUUGUGCUGACCCGACUGUGCGUGGCGCUGGCCUCCCUGGCCCUCAGCAUGAUGCCGGAGGCUUGGCCCUGCGCCGUGGCAGACAUGGUGCGCAUGUUCCAGGCGGAGGACUCCAACGUGGAUGGGCGAGCGCGGUGCCUGGCGCUGCUGGAGCUCCUGACGGUGCUGCCUGAGGAGUUUCAGACCAGCCGCCUGCCGCAGUACCGCAAGGGCCAGGUACGCAGCGUCCUGGCGCAGAAGUGUGUCUCUGUCUUCCCUUUGCUGGAGCAGCUGCUGCAGCAGCAGGACUCCCCGGGUUUCAUCAAGCAGAAGGUGUUGAAGUGCUUCUCCAGCUGGGUGCAGCUGGAGAUCCCGCUGAUGGACUGCGAGAACCUGAUCCAGGCAGCUUUCACCUCUCUGCAGGACCCGGAGCUCUUUGACACAGCGGUGGAGGCUGUUGUCAAUGCCAUUUCCCAGCCUGAUGCCCAGAGGGGAGCACCACCUCGCAAGGCAUCCCUCGUGCUGCAGCUCCUCACCCCGGGAGCAGCCAGCUGCCACCCGUGUCCAGGUGGAGAAGGGCAGGUGGGACCUCACGGGCAAGGAUCACCCUCAGGGUACGUGAACACCCUCCUGAAGCUCAUCCCCCCUGUGCUGGGGCUCCAAGAGCAGCUGCGCCAAGCAGUCCAGAGUGGGGACAUGGAGACGUCACACGGAAUCUGCCGCAUCGCUGUGGCCUUGGGGGAGAACCAUUCCCGGGCGCUCCUGGACCAGGUGGAGCACUGGCAGAGCUUCCUGGCCCUGGUCAACAUGAUCAUGUUCUGCACUGGCAUCCCUGGGCACUACCCUGUGAACGAAACCACAAGCUCCUUGACGCUCACCUUCUGGUACACGCUGCAGGAUGAUAUCCUCUCCUUUGAGCCGGACAAGCAGGCGGUGUACCAGCAAGUCUACAGGCCUGUCUACUUCCAGCUGGUGGAUGUACUGCUGCACAAAGCCCAGUUCCCCUCCGAUGAGGAGUAUGGCUUCUGGUCUUCAGAUGAGAAGGAGCAGUUUCGGAUAUACAGGGUUGACAUCUCUGACACGCUGAUGUACGUGUACGAGAUGCUGGGUGCUGAGCUCCUGAGCAGCCUCUAUGACAAACUGGGACGUCUGCUGACCAACACAGAGCAGCCAUCCACGUGGCAGCACACAGAGGCCUUGCUCUAUGGCUUCCAGUCCAUCGCCGAGACCAUCGAUGUGAACUACUCUGACGUGGUGCCAGGGCUGAUCGGCCUCAUUCCCCGGAUCAGCAUCAGCAACGUGCAGCUUGCCGACACUGUCAUGUUUACUAUCGGGGCCCUGUCGGAGUGGCUGGCUGAUCACCCCGUCAUGAUUAACAACGUGCUGCCGCUGGUGCUCCAAGCCUUGGGCAACCCUGAGCUCUCCAUCUCCAGCGUCUCCACCCUGAAGAAGAUCUGCCGGGAGUGCAAGUAUGACCUGCCACCCUAUGCCGCCAACAUCGUUGCCGUGUCACAGGAGGUGUUGAUGAAGCAGAUUCACAAGACGAGCCAGUGCAUGUGGCUGAUGCAGGCUCUUGGUUUCCUGCUCUCUGCGCUGCAAGUGGAGGAGAUCCUGAAGAACCUGCACUCCCUGAUCACACCCUACAUCCAGCAACUGGAAAAGCUGGCUGAUGAAACACCCAAUCCCUCCAACAAGCUGGCCAUCAUCCACAUCCUGGGCCUGCUCUCCAACUUAUUCACCACCCUAGACAUCAGCCACCACGAUGAUGACCAUGAAAGCACCGAGGUCAAGAAGCUGCCAGUGCAGCAAGGACCCAACCCAGUGGUGGUGGUUCUGCAGCAAGUCUUCCAGCUCAUACAGAAGGUUCUCAGCAAGUGGCUGAAUGAUGCCCAGGUGGUGGAGUCCGUCUGUGCCAUCUUUGAGAAGUCUGUAAAAACCCUCCUGGAUGAUUUUGCCCCCAUGGUGCCUCAGCUGUGUGAGAUGCUGGGGCAGAUGUACAGCACCAUCCCCCAGGCCUCUGCCAUCGACCUCACCCGGCAGCUGGUUCACAUCUUUGCCCAUGAGCCUGCCCACUUCCCUCCCAUCAAGGCCCUCUUCUUGCUCGUUACCUCGGUCACGCUGACCCUCUUCCAGCAAGGGCCCAGGGAUCAUCCUGAUAUUGUUGAUUCAUUUAUGCAACUCCUGGCACAGGCUCUGAAAAGGAAGCCGGACCUCUUCCUGUGUAGCAACCUGGAUGUCAAAGCAGUGUUUCAGUGUGGUGUCCUUUCGCUCAAGUUCCCUGAGGCCCCAACGGUCAAAGCAUCCUGUGGCUUUUUUACGGAGCUGCUGCCCCGCUGCGGAGAGAUCGCCCCGGUGGGACAGGUCGUGCAUGAGAACGGCAAAGUGCUGCUGCAGGCAGUGCUGGAGGGUGUCGGUGGCCAAGCCUCCCGCAGCCUCAUGGAUCACUUCGCAGAAAUCCUCUUCGCCUUGAACAAGCACUGCUUCAGCUAUCUGAGUGUCUGGAUCAAGGAGGCCAUGCAGCAGGACGGCUUCCCCUCGGCCCGCGUCAGCCCCGAGCAGAAGGAGACCUUCAGCCAGCAGAUCCUCAGCAGAGAGCGUGUGAACAAGCGGCGAGUGAAGGAGAUGGUGAAGGAGUUCACCCUGCUGUGCCGGGGGCUGCAUGGCACGGAGUACACAGCAGACUACUGAGCACCUGGCCAGGACCGCGGACAAUUUGCCCGGACCAGCUCUUACCCGCAAGGAAGCCCCCCC